GAGACUUCCACUUUGAAGAAACCGUUUUAACAUUACCAUUUGUGUGUUAAACUUAAGUCACGAUGAUUAGAUGCUGUAUUGUUUUGCUUCUUUUGUUAACAUUACAUGAAGUGUCUCUGCAGGAGCCCAUUGUGGGUUUUAUUGGAGACUCUGCAGUUUUACCUUGUUUUUCUAAAGAACAUCGGCUUGAACUUCAAGACAUCACUGUGCGUUGGAGAUACAAUGACAGCCUGAAUGUGUAUGACAUUAUUGAUGGUAAAGGCUCUGUAGAUGAUCAACAUCUAGCAUACAAGAAGAGAGUUGAAACAUUUCCUGAUGGUUUUGAGAAAGGAAACUUCACGCUCAAAAUCAACAAUCUUCAAAAUAAUGAUACCGGGAAAUAUGUCUGCUACGCAACAGAAAUUCAGAGUGUGGAUCUACUUGUUAAAGUAAAAGAAAAAAGCAUCCAAAAAAACAACCAAACUGAAGGAAAAAGUAACCAAGGAGCGCAAUCAAGACCAGAGAAGAUUAUGACUGCAGUGCCUUUGCUCUCUGUUUUCAUUCUGCUCCGUGUUUGAAUAGGCAAGAGAAGUAUUAUGUCCGAUUAUUAUCUGCUUAGCAUCAAACCUUAGCCACCUACCUAUCAGAACCUUCAAGAAACAGCUGAAGACCAACUUCUUCCGUUAGCACUUAAACAUCCACAUUAAAUGUGCCUUAAUGUAUAUUUUGACUUGUACGGAAGCCUGAAGAAAUAUUUUAUCAUUCUUUAUACUAUUUAGCAGUAUUGUUUUUUACCAAGUUAAA